AUGACAUCCUGGUUUGUUAUUAUUAACAUUAUCCUUCUUCUAUCACCUUCCUUUUUACAAGCCCGUUAUCGAGCUCAAUCAAAGCGACGAUAUUCAAUGUCGGCUCACUCAUUUGUGCCACCAUUUCCUUCGAAUAAUAAUAAUAAUAAUAAUAUUUAUGGUGAUGGUGAUGAGCUGCAAGGAAAAAAUAAUGAUGAUUCUUGGAUUGAUUCAAUAAAAGUAACAACAAGUACACCAUCAUCAAUAUCACAACAUAAAGCAAAUGAAGAACAAAUUGAACAAUUUGCACGACUUUUAUUUGAACGUUUAAAUUUAAAAGAAGCACCAAAUGUAACAAUGAAUGUCAAUGACGAUGAAGGUUUUCCAUCAUCAAUAGUUAAACAAUUAGAACAACAAGCGAAACAACAACAACGUUUCCAUGACUAUGAAGAAAAUUAUUUUUAUCGAAAACAAAAAGUUCAUGAUGAACUAAUGCCAACAGCUGAACGUGCAAUUUUACCUGGUGAUUAUAUACCAAAUCAUACAUGUCAACGACAAUUAUCAGUUAAAUUAAAUCUUGCUGAAAAUAAUGUACAAAAUAUUGAUUGUUUUCGUUUUACCAAAGAAUCAAAAAGUUUACCAACAAAUCAAGUUAUUAAUGAAUUACGUUUAUAUAUAAAAAGAAAUUAUUUUCAUUUAAAUGAACAACAAGGUACAAUAACACCAGAUAUGUUUCAAAUUUAUCAAAUAUUUCGGCCAACAUCAAAUGAUACAACACUAACACCACCAUCUGAUCUUACAGAUACAAUACGUUUAUCAGUAAGCAAAGUUGGAGAACUAAAUGACAAUUGGUUUGAAUUAACUAUUGAACCCAAUGAUGAAAAUAUAAGUAUACAAAAGAUUUAUAAUCAACUUCUUAUACCAUUGUAUGCACUUGCAAUUGAUCGUGAUCUUCAAUCAUCAUCAUCAUCAUCGGUGACACCAUCUUUUAAUCGCCAUUAUUAUCGACAAUAUCAUUCAAAAAAACAUACAUCACAUUCAAUGCGUUCAGAUAGUGAUGAUGAAAAUAAUAAACAAACUCAACAACAACUUCCAUAUAUGUUAGUGGAAUAUGGUGAUAAAUUUGUUCCAUCAUCAUCUGGACGUCGUGGUACACGUGAUACAAUAGCACGGCCAGCACGUGAUUGUCUUCCAACAAGUCCAUGUUGUCGACGUUCACUUACAAUUGAUCUUGAUCAAGGUAGUAGUGCAUUAAAUUUUGUUAUUUAUCCAAGAAAACUUGAUAUUGGUGAAUGUGUUGGUUUAUGCGGUACAAGUGGAUCAUCACUUAAACAUACAGAUGUUAAAAAUGCCCAACAUAGAAAUGAGCAUAAUUCAGCAUACAAUUUACUUAUACUUCAAAAUAGUUUACAUUUUAAUAGAAGUGCAACAAAUUUUGGUCAUCCAUCUGAUCAACAUUCAACACAAUGCUGUUCAUAUUCACGUACAGGUGGUCUCGAACUUAUGUAUACAACUACAAAUGGUGGACCAAUUAUACGCAAAUUUAUACCAAAUAUGGUUGUUGAAGAAUGUAAAUGUGGAUUACCGGCUACCAUCCAGCAAGUAUAG